GGGCGCUCGGACCAAGCCUGGGGCGGGGGCAGCAGCAAGAGCCCCCUGCUGUCCCCCGCUCUCCACUACCCCGGGUCGCAGCGUGGCACAGGGGUGUGACUGGGCCUGGGGGCCUCCCCGUCUGGGUCGGAUAUCCUUCCUCCUCCCUCAUCUCCUUCUCCUCCUCCUCCUCCUCCUCCUCCUCCUCCUCCUCCUCUUCUUCCUUCCUCCCAUCCCGGCCGGCGGAGCCCCAGAGGCAUAGGCGCAGGCACGCACGCGCGGGCAUAUUGACCCCGGCACCUACACGAACGCGCGCGGCGCGCGCCCUUUCCCCGGCUCCCACGCGGGCGGGUGUGUGUGAGUGUGUGUGAGGAGUGUGUGUGUGUGUGAGUGAGUGUGUGUGUGUGUGUGUAUGCGCGCGCGCGCUGCGCAACUGUGCGCAACGCUCAGGGCCAGGCCGGGCCGGGCCGGGCCGGGCCGGGGGCAGCGAGGAUGGAAGGCGGUGCGUACGGAGCGGGCAAGGCUGGAGGUGCCUUCGACCUCCAGACCUUCAUCCGGCAGCCCCACACCGUGCUGCGCCUGGUGUCCUGGGUGUUUGCUAUUGUUGUCUUUGGCUCUAUCGUGAAUGAGGGCUAUCUGAAUGACUCUAAGGAGAGUGAGAAAUUCUGCAUCUACAACCGGAACCACAAUGCCUGCAAUUAUGGAGUCACGGUGGGUGUCCUGGCCUUCCUCACCUGCAUCCUCUACCUGGCCUUGGAUGUCCACUUCCCUCAGAUCAGCAGUGUCAAAGACCGGAAGAAAGCUGUGAUCUCUGACAUUGGUGUCUCAGCCUUCUGGGCGUUCCUCUGGUUCGUUGGUUUCUGUUUCUUGGCCAACCAGUGGCAGGUCUCCAAACCUGAGGACAAUCCUAUGAAUGAAGGGACAGACGCAGCUCGAGCCGCCAUCACCUUCUCCUUCUUCUCCAUCUUUACCUGGAGCAUGCUCGCAUUCCUGGCCUCCCGGAGACUCAAGGAUAUCACCUUUCAGGAGGAGUACAGCUCGCUCUUCCCCACAUCUCUUCCACCUCAGCCAUAAUACCCCUUCCCCCCAGCUACCUGACCUCCCCAGGCCCUAGGACAGACACUGUGGCUCUUAUUACACAGACCUCUGUGUCACUGGCUUGGGGUUGGAGGGGAGAGGGGGUUGGCACAUGCAGGGGCAGAAGUCAUAACACAGAUGGGUCAGAGAGAAGUUGACUUGCUCCUUUCCACCCUGAGCUUGACUUAUAGGGUGUCCAUACCUGCACUUUGGUGGGGUCAAGGAUAGAGCACCCAUCCCUGCUAAUUAAAGGAUUCACUUUCCUCAGCUCUCCAAGGCAUGAUCGAGCUCUGGAGAGUGGAUUCACAAUGACUAAAUUCCAAGAAAGACCAGAGGACCAUUCUGUCCAUUUUUGUAGAUCAACAGAAGGGCCAAGUAGGUUAAAAAUAUGUGACAGCUGGUUGACACAUCCCUUCCCAAUAGGACAAUCUGCUUGGGGAGAGGCAAUUCAGAACAGAGCUGUGUAGUGAGGUCGGAGGGAGUCAGAGUAAGGGAGUUAGGUGCCACAUCUGGGAGUUCCUCAGUCUCAGUAGCCUGAGGCUCUGUGAGCCAUCUUCAUGCCUAUCAGCCAUCCCUAGGUGGGUGGGCCAGAGCCCCCUCUACCCUGGACAGUACUGGAUAAACAUUGGAUAUCUUCUCCUUCUCCAGCUCUUCCUCUUUGCCUGGACUCUGAGCAGACUCUCCCUCCCUCCUGGGCGCACUCACCCCUCAUAUACCAGAAUCUCCAUGACUCCUCCUAUAUGGGUGUUAUGCUGAGAUCAGUGUUCCCCACUGGGAUCUAAAGGAAGCCCCUUUGUCCUAUCACUGACACCUCUUCCCUUUAAUCUUUGAUUUAGUCAUCUGCGAGGUGGGGGGAGUGCUCCCUUCAGAAUGACAACAGCAGAUGUCCCGCACUCAGGGCCUCUUCCAUAGUGGGGGCUUUCAUCACUAAUCGAUAGCAUUGAUUUACCAUCCCUGCCCACUGUGUGAAGGGUGGGUGCAGGGGGAGAGGCAGGAUAUGAUCUCUUUGGGCCUUUAGGGAGCUUACAUCUGGGAGGGUACUGAGGUGUAGAAAGAGAGAAAAUGCCCUCUGGAUGAAGGAAAGGGGAUCUAAAGAAAGAUAAGCCAUGGCCAGCCAGGGCAUCUCGGAGCCUCCUCACAGGUGAUCCUGAAGGAAUUCCUUCUGCAGCAUCACAGACAAGUGGUCACUAGACCUUCCUUGGGAAUCUUGGCCAACAGAGAGCUUACCAUGUCCUGAGGCAGCCUGUUCUUCUUGGGGCCAGCUCUAAGGCUUAGGCAGAUUUCCCUCUACAAGCUCUAUCCUCUGCUUCUCCUUCUAGCACUUGGGUCCUUUUCCAUAAGAUAGAUUUCCAGAUGGUCUUCUCAUGUCCUCUCUGGGUUUUCUCUUCUCUGGGCUAAAAAUCUUGGUCCCUUCAGGUGGUCUGACAGUAACUUUCUUGUUGGCUGGUGAGGAGAUCUUCUUUUGUAUCUUCUGUGAGGAGCUGCCUUUCUGGGGCAUCCUGACCAUCUCUCAGGAUCAUGACUCCCCUCUCCCAUUCACACACUCUCUUCGCAUCCCCACCCGCAGCCACAGCCACUGCUUGCUGUCCUGCUCUUCUUCCAUGUUUUUGUGAGCUUUGAGAGUCUCUGAAGCAUCUUGCCUUCCUGCCCCAGACUCCCUGUCAAAGUCUGGCUCUAGCUGAGCCUCCUAGCUGGGAGGGAGGGAGGUGACUCAUGAUACCUGUGCCUACAAAACCCCAGCAGCAUCUCUUUGGGUCUUCCUGGGAUCCUCCCAGGUGAGUUGGGCAAGGAAGAGGCCAUCUGUCUUCCUUAGCCAUCAGGCAGCUUGCCCUACGGGUACAGAAACCAUUCUAGGUCUGGCUGUCCAGUCAAUGGGCAGUGCCCAACUCCACUUUUCCCUCAGAACUUGCCACACUUGCCAGGACUAUUGGGGACAGCACCUUCAGUGCCUGGAACCCUUUGCCAUGACAAAGCCUGUUAGACAUUUUCUUUAAGGCCAGUCUAAUUUCUUUCCAGCCCCCUGACUUGUAGGGUCUAGGGAUGAUGCCUCUUAGCAACUGCAGUAGCAAAGCUGUGGCUCUUCUCAUAGAUAAGCUUGUCCCAGGGGGAUACUUCUCAUGGAUUUACACAAAUUCCUAUUGUCUCAGGAAGAACAUCUCCUGACCUUGGCCCCUCUGCCCUCUGGCAGCAUGAAAGGGGAGCCCACAGAAGAACAAUCAUGCUGAGGCUGCCUCUUCUGGAUCUUCUUUCAGGAUGAGACAAACAGUUGUAACAACAGGACACAUUUGUACAACAUGGUCAGGUUUAACAGGGCAAUUGCCUCACAACAAUCCUGCAGAGAAAGUAACCUAAAUAAUAGCAUGCCCAUUUUACAGAUGAGGAAAUCGGUCGAGGGAGAUUACAACUCUUCCCUGACCUGUUGCUUCUGACAUCAGGCAACACUACCCUCGACCAGGAGGCUGGCUGGCUGCAGUGGGUUCAUUCUCAGAAGGCAGGCUUCCUUAUCUGUCAUCUCUGCUCUCUGUUAGGUGCUCACUGGUUAUGUUAUGGGCACUAACCCUGCAGAGUAGCAUGGUGCAUGUACUAACCAUUAACACAGACUAACCUGGCUGUUGUCUAUGUGUCUCCUCCCCUCCCUGGUGUUCCCUCUCCCACCCUCCUGCCUUUGGCCAUCCACCCCCUCCCAAGGUGGGCCAGGCGGUGCUGGCCUUCCAGAGGUACCGGAUCGGCGCCGACUCAGCCCUCUUCUCCCAGGACUACACGGACCCAAGCCAGGAUUCAA